AUGCCGCCGAACUGCCCCGUGCUGCAGUGGGACUACGACACUCGCAUGGUCGGGACCACACUGGAGUUUCGUGCGGUUUGUUCAUUUCUGCUGGAUGGCGUGGCGCACCACACAGUCGGGAUCUGGCGGCCUUCGAAGAAACUCGCCCAGCGUGAUGCCGCAGAGAGGACACUUGGCCUCUUCGUGAGCCGAUGGGCCUCGUUGAUUACCUUGGAUGAGCUCGCAGGAACUCGGGAUCAGGACCCGCUGCCUGAAGCUCGAAGCGAGGUGGAGCUGUUGGAAAAGUUUUGCCAAAGGCUCUCGUGGGAUUGUCCUACCGCGGUUAGCUGGAGCCAUCGGUGGGAGGACGGACUUUGUCAGGCUUUCGCUGAAGUUCGUCUUCUGGAUGUGCCGCACACCUUCCCUAGCAAGAGUCACUCCACCCAGGAGGAGGCUUACGAAGAUGCCGCUCGCAGAGUACUGUGGUACUUGCAAUGCCCCGGAUACGAGGAGAAGUUCGAGCCCGACACCAGCUACGUCAAGGCAGUUGCACAGGACAUUCCAGAACCUAGCGCAUGCUGGAACAAGGAUGACAAUCUGCAGGAAGGUGGGGAGAAGUCCCUGGCAGAAAAGCAGAGCUUCAUCUUGAGGGUGCAAGAUCGCCUUCAGCAGGCUUUUGGGCAGCUAGAAUCUGGAAAACCCGUCUGGUACUGGAGCUUCGAGCGAGACUUGAAGGACAAGGGUUGGCCGCCGCUGUUCAGGGCAAAUGCGACCGUGCCUCUGGUCAACCGCAGCUUCCUGGGCCCCUGGGAAAGGGGGCAGCGUCAGGCGCAGAUCCAAACUUGUGCACAAAUCUCCCAAUUUCUCGACGAAGAGUGUCAUCGAAUCAGCGGAUGA